AAUUUCUCAUUGCGUAGCUUACCGUUAUUGAUAUAUCUUUUGCAUAUUUGAGCUGAAAAAUAUGGUGUAGAUACUGUCAGAAGCAUUCUUUGGUGUACUUACGGACUAGUGGAAAUGGCUGAUAAUAAUUUUGCUCAUACUCUUCUGCUUGCACAACCUGGCAAGCCUGAAACAAGGAGUUACUCUGAUUAUGAUUCUGUAAAUGAAUGCAUGGAAGGUGUUUGUCACAUGUAUGAAGAACAUUUGAAAAGACAAAAUCCUGAUUCUGCAUCUAUCACGUAUGACAUUCGUCAGCUGUUUGAAUUCAUUGAUCAGUUAUCAGAUUUAUGUUGUCUGGUGUAUCAGAAAACAACAAACACAUAUGCUCCAUAUAAUAAAGAUUGGAUUAAAGACAAAAUUUAUAUAUUGUUGCGACGCCAGGCAUCCAAGAAUUCAUAGAUGACUGACUAUUUGUUUUUAAAUCAUCACAUGCUGCAUUUUUUUCUCUUUAUUGUGUAUCAUUCAUUACUAUUUAUUAAUAUUUUGAAAUAUGAAAAAAAGAAAGGAAAUUUUUAGUUUAAAAUUAUGUAUCUAAACUUCUACUUAAAUCUGAAAUUAUUGUAUUUAUUGAACUUUUUAAAAAAUAAAUUCAGUUAGAGUAUGUUAUAUUUUUAAAGCAUAAUUGGGAAGAAUGACUUUUUUUUCACUUAUUGUGCUGUAUCAAACAGCAUCCUGUUAUGUUUCUUGAAAAUGGAAUAAAAUAUACUCUCGUAGGAAAUCAAUAGAUCUCAUAUUUUAAGAUGUCUAUGUAUUUUAAAUUACUUUUUCUUUAAAAUCUUUUAAUUCUAAAAAAUAAUUUUGAAUUAAAAUAUUCUGCUAUCAGGAUUGUGUUUGCUGUAAAACGUUCAGAACUUUAUUUUUUUUGAAGAGUUUAAAUUCACAGUUUGAAGGAAAAAAGAAUUUUAAUUGAAAACAAUUCAACUUUUUUUUUUUUUUUAUGGUUACAAGUUUAAUGGUGGAAUAUUAUUGAAAAUUAGAAGCGGAAGGUUUGUUAAUGUUUUAAUAUUCUGCCAAAACAAAAUGAAAUUCGAUGGAUUUAAUUUGUUACAGAGAAAAAAACCUUUUCGGAAAUUAGAAUUUUUCUUGACAUUUUUCAGUAUAUGCAUAUGAUUUGAGCAGAGUUAGAAUUUGCUCAAUUCAGCCAACUUUGCCUUUUAUCAUAGAAACUUAGUGAAAAUAGUAUACAUAAAUGCAUUUUCUAUAUUGGUAACACACAAUUUCUGAAAUUAUUUCUUUUUGUUUAUCCAUUUUUUUUUCCAUUUUGCCUUUCAUUGGGUUAUAUUAUUUUUUAAUUUUGAUACUAAUGUACAUGUAUGGGACUUUAGCUGCACUGUAUUUUCUAGCGUAAUUAUUACAAGACUUGUUUUCCAACUUAUUUAUGUAAUCAUGAUGCAUUGUUUCUCUCUUCUUUAAAAUGUAGUAUUUAAAAAAACGGUCUUAAUUUUAAUGAUGUUUUAUAAGAUGUGGCUGAAACAUUAAAUGCAUAAAAUGCUGAAAAGAAAAAGAUUUGUGUAUUUUUAAAAUAACUUUUCAAUAUUUGUAAAUAUACGUCAUUAACUAAAGACAGAAUAGUGGAUUUUACUUUUAUUUAUAAAAUUAAUAAAAAUAUUUUGACAUCUUGUGCCAUAUCUCUCCAAUUUAUUCUUGUUACAGUACAUGAUAAGUUUUUUUCUUCUUACAGUUAUGUGUUUAUAUUUUAAGAAUUUCUUUUAGUGUUAUUUUCCAUGUACUUAAUAAAAUACAUGAAUUUAUUAUGCUGUAUUCUUCUGUUUUUGAUAAUCAGUACUAAUU